AUGCACUCGCGACGGACGAGGUUUGGAAGGUGUACGGGACGCGUCGUGGCCGAGCGAGGCGCGGGGAGCGGGAGGCCCGGCGCGCUCGGCAGUCUGGCGGACACUGGCGCGGCUGGCGCGAGCCGGGCCACCGCGGGGCGUGGCGCCCGCCCCACCGCGCCGCCCAAUGGAGGCUCGGGAUGCCGCCCGCCCCGCCGCCCGCCGCCCGCCCCCGCUACCCGCACUCCGCGACACCGCGCCACUCCUCGACGCGUCGCCGCCGCCAGCUAA